AUGUACUGCUUUUGCUCCUUGGAAGCUCAUCUGGCCUAUGCUGGGUGCGAUGGAUCGCGAACGCACUCUCUGAGAUACUUCUACACUGGGGUGUCUUCUGGAAUCAUUGACUUCCCAGAGUUUCUGCAGUUGGUCCUGGUCGAUGAAGGCAGGUUUAUGUACUUUGACAGCAACACAAGAAAGGCUGUGCCAAAGACAGAGUGGAUCAGACAGAAUGUGGGAGAAGAUUACUGGGACAAAGAGGCUCAGAUUGAUAUUAAAGCACAUCAGAUCUUCAAAAUCAACAUCCAGAACAUAAGGGUACACUUCAACCAGUCAGCAGGUGUUCACUCGUGGCAGCUGAUGUACGGCUGUGAGUUGGAUGAUGAUGGCACCCAACGAGGAUACUAUCAGUAUGGUUAUGAUGGAGAGGACUUCCUCAGUCUGGAUAAGAGCACCCUCACCUGGACUGCUGCUAAUCCUCAAGCUGUCAUUACCAAGAACAAAUGGGAGACUAAAGAAAGACAGUUUGCAGAAUACUGGAAAGGAUAUCUGGAGAACACAUGCAUUGAGUGGCUGCAGAAGUAUGUGAGAUAUGGGAAGGACACUCUGGAGAGAAAAGUCUCUCCUCAGGUGUCUCUGCUGCAGUAGUCUUCCUCGUCUUCAGUCAAAUGUCAUGCCACAGGUUUUUUCCCCAGUGGAGUAACAAUCUCCUGGCAGAAAAAUGGACAAGAGCAUCAUGAGGAUGUUGAUCUUGGUGAGCUUCUUCCCAAUGAGGACGGGACCUUUCAGAGGACGAGCACCAUCAGAGUUUCACCUGAGGAGUGGAAGAACAACAAGUUCAGCUGUGUGGUGGAGCAUCAGGGCAAAACCAUCAGAAGCAUUCUGACAGAUGAUUCUUCAGCUUCUGUCCCCAUCGGCAUCAUUCUUGGUGCUGUUGCUGGUGUCCUCCUGUUGAUUGUCACUGCUGUUGCUGGAUAUAAGGUCUAUCAGAAAAAGAAAGGCUUUAAACCUGUCAAUGCCUCUGAUGAUGGUUCAAACAGCUCAGCUCGUUCAGAUACAAAAACAUAAAGAUGAGAUGUUGACCAGAUGAGUGCAAGAGAUGAAGUAAAAAUGAGCUCAUCCUGCUGUCCAUCUUGUUUAUAACACA